GAGCUUCAAGUGCAAUAUUUCUUUUGUUUUCCUGCUGAGCGAAGCUCAUCUUUUCAUCCCUCGAAGGUUAGCUGCAGAAACAGAGAAGUAUUAUUGUCCUAAAUGGACCCUAAUUAAGAAUAGAAUUUUUCCACUCCACACAGUAAGUUUAAUAACUCAGAUCUAAAUUGACCAUAUCAAUAGCAGAACAGGGAGUAUGGUUCUGGGAAACCAAUUUCACUGUUGUAGCACUACAAAUUUGAGAAGAGAAAGGGACUUUGGUAGGAAAAAUAGUAGUAGUAUAGUAUAUGAGAAGAAUUUAGGACUAUAUUUGAAAAUAAUGGGACAUUAUAUUGCAAAGACACCUUCAGGUCAGGUACCAUGAGUACUUGCAGGAUCAGGGCCUUUAGCUGAGAGAGAUCUGAUGGCCUGUAUGAACCGAAAUGAAUCGUUGUCUUAUAAAUGAUGAAAUGACAGAUUGGUUUGUCAGGGUCUGGAAAUCAUUUGCCUAUAUAAGUACCUAUUCUCAGAUUUAAGACACGAUCUUGUGAAAUGUGCAAUGUUCUUAAUUCUCCCUGAAAACCAAAGAAAUGAGAUGUUUGUAUUUUUUGUGAUCAGAGCUGGAGUUACCUCUUCUCCUGGAGUUUGUUCUGCUGGAACUUCAGCUCGGGAGGAAGAUGAAAGAUAGUGUCGCUGAAGAACAUUUAUAUUUGGGUUUUUCUCAUCAGUACAGAGAUAGUAUCUUUCCUCUUCAUACAUCUAUUUCACUGUUUUUGCUAUCCUACUGUGACUGCAAAUUAUUCAAAAUUUUCUUAGUGCCGACUGGUGAAGAUGUGGAUGAUCAGUUUGUGACAAAAAACCUCCUUGGUGAUAUUGAGGUCCAUUUAAUCUCCAGAUGUCAACUUCCAGUGGUUGUGCAGAGCUGCUGUUUACCUGCCGUUGUAGUGAAAGAUGGCAAGUUCUGCCGAGCUGGGCUUUCUGUUGUCUUAAGGCAUAUAAUACAGAAAACAUACGAGGCAGAUCCAUCUAAAAAGGAUAUUUUGGAACUCUUGGGCUUUAAGAAGACCUGCUUAAAAGCCUGUGCUGAAGUUAGCCAGUGGACCAGACUUUGUGAAAUCAGCAUCCCUCUGGCUGUUGAAGGAUUUUUGACGGCAUCUCCUGAGCACUGUCAGACUAUUCCUCCUGACAUUUUACAGCUUGAAAGAAAGCUUGGAGAACCUGUCCGAGUACAUAAUGAUGACAAAAUUCGAAGGCAAAAACUUCAACAACAGAAGGCAGGUGCUAAGCCUGCAGUGCCUGUACUUCGUAAAGAAGGAACUGAGGAAGGAGAAACAGUGGAAAUGCAUCAACAUCCACUCCCAAGUUUGGAACUGAGCAUAGCUUUCUCCAAGCUACUUGUCCAGGAAGUAUCAGAUGCAGUCAACAGGGAGGCUCCUCACAUCAGGAGAACGAAAACUUCGGACCUUCCGCUUUUGGACCACGUUUUUGCAGAAGGGCUUUAUUUUACCUUGGCAGAUAUAGUGCUUUUGCCAUGCAUCCAUCAGUUCUUGGUUUCCAGCAAAAAACAAGGCAAAAAUCUGGUAAAUUUGCCUCUGAUAGCCAGUUGGUAUCGAAGAGUUCAAGAAGUACCUGGAGUAAAGAAAGCUGCUGGCAGGUGCAAAAUGGAGCUUCUCCAGCUUCCAGAGUUGAUGUCUGCUCCACAGGAACAGCUACAAGGCUUCUCUUCAGUUCCUGAUAAAUUAGAAGAGGAGAAUGAAGACAGUCAUUUUACAGGUGGUCCAAGGCCAACUAUGACUAAGUUAAUGGUAAAUGGUAUUGAAGCAAAGUUUUCGCCUCAUCCGUGCCCCAGCUGGACCAUAGACUGGACCAAUCUACCAUCUGCAGUCAGUCCUGGAGAAGGAAAGAUGUCUAGAGACCGGGCUCUGAGGAAGCAGCAGCAAUUGAAUAAUUUGGUAGCAGCGGUGACAAAGCUUGCUAAGCCUGGAGAUGUGAUUGUGGAUUUUUGCAGUGGAGGGGGCCAUGUUGGAAUUGUUCUUGCUCACAUGAUGCCAUCAUGUCAGGUGGUGCUCGUAGAAAAUAAGGAGUUGUCUCUGAUCCGUGCUAAAGACAGAAGUGAUGAACUAGGUUUAAACAACAUUUGGUUCAUUCAAGCAAAUUUGGACUAUUUUAAUGGGACUUUUAACAUUGGGGUGGCUCUGCAUGCAUGUGGUGUGGCAACAGACAUGGUGAUCGACCACUGCAUCAAAGCACGGGCAGCCUUUGUCAUCUCACCUUGUUGUUAUGGCUUCAUUCAAAACACAGUGAAGUUUAAAUAUCCUCAAAGUCAUCAGUUCAAAGAAGUUUUGUCCUACAAGGAGCACAUGAUCCUUUGCAGAUUUGCCGAUCAGACAGCUGUUCAGCUUCCACCUGAACGCAGGCUAAUUGGAAAGCAGUGUAUGGGGCUUGUGGAUCUGGAUCGGGCAUGGGCUGCAGAAGAACGUAACUACUCUGUCCAAGUUAUAUCUAUGGAGCCAGAGAGCUGCUCUCCAAAGAACAAUAUGUUUGUGGGCAUCCCUACUUAGGGUGUGAAAUUUGCAUUUGAUUUGAGGCUGAACAUAAAUCUUCAGUGCAUAAUGACAUCCAGCAAAUACAAGCAUAGCUGGGAAACAGACAUCACGCAUCUUGAACCCAUUGCAUUCAGAAAAGGAAGCAGCACAAAAAGUCUUAGAAAGUGAACUGCAUGCAGAGCAUCACAAAUCGUACUUGUAAUAUAUCAUUAAGCAACUUUUGGUUGUCUUACUGAGAAGUUUCUGGGUCUAACGACUGUGCAUGGAAUCAUAUCCAUCUGUAAAGGUUUAGAAAAAAGUUGGUCUCAUUGAAGGGAAGGUGAUUUUCUUUUUAGUAAAGCUGUCUUGGCUGCUUCAAAAUUGCAUUUAUGGUCAAAACUGCAUUUGUGUUCAUAAACAGAGCAGUUAUCAGCCAAUAAUGCAGAUCACUAGGGGAACAGAAAAGAUUUAUGGUGUUAGUGAAGAAGGCUGUGCAACAGGUGGUGGCUUGACUUUGCUGAAGAAUUCCAUACUACUGUAGGAAGAUUAUUUUUAAUAAAAGUUCGUCAGAAUACUUUGGGCAUCAUUCUGCUUAUCAAAAAUGUAUUCUAACUUACCAAUCUUUUUAUAAAAAGACUUAAAAAUUAUCUUUAAAUAUUACACAAGGAUUCUGUAACCAGGCAUUUGAAAGCGUGUUUAGUUAAAGAAAGCAAAUCCUUAAUUAUCCACUGACCAGAUAACAGGAGCUAGCGAUGAUGUCAGUGAAUGGAUACUUCACUGCCACCUCUGCUAAUUGAAGUGUAUUGCUUCCCAUUCUUAGGAAACUUGCUGUCAGAAGAAAUUUUUAAGGACAGUUCCAUGUGUCUAUAUAAAUCAUCUUCAUUAAUUUUAUAUUCAGUUUAAAAUUUUAACAGGUUGCAGUUGUGGAACCAUUUGAAAAGAUCAACCACAGUCGUGUUACUGUAAAAUGAAAAUAAAUGUUCUUCUGUGCUCUGA